AAUAAAUAACACUUCAUAUACAUUUAACUUUACUUUAUUUUUUUCUUGCAUUUGGUACAAUAUAUCUUACAAUAGCGCAUUCGAGGUUUUUUAAUAUUCUGUACAAUUCGUGUCAAAGGCACUUACUACGUAUUUUUUUCAUAAACAAAUUUACCGUCGUAGUCAACAAAUGCAUAAUAAGGUUGCAAUGUAAUUAUAUUCUAUGUACAAUAUGAAUUUUAAAUUAUGUAUAUUCCUUAUAUAGAGUUGUAGGCCGCUAGAGAGCGUUGUAUUCUAAAGUUUACGAAAGUUGUUGUCAAAUGAGAGGUUCUGAAGGUUGAGAAUAUUUUAAACAAUUGUAUGAAUGUGUUAGCAUAAUAAGAACCAAGUGGUUUUAUUUGAAAAUAAUUAUGCCGUCUCGGGCCGAAGAUAUAUUAAAAGGUUUUCAAGUAAAUUGGAUGAUUGUAAGGGAUGCUGAUAAAGGUAAAAUAUUGUGGCAGGCUAAUGAAGAUUUAUUUGUACCUGACGUAGAACAUGAAGUAAGAGUACCAAAAAAGAUUUUAAAAUGUCGUGCUGUGUCGCGAGAAAUUAAUUUUAGCUCUGCAGAACCAAUGGAAAGGUUUAGAUUGGAACAGAAAGUGUUAUUCAAAGGCCGUUGUUUAGAAGAAUGGUUCUUCGAAUUUGGUUUUGUUAUACGUAAUAGUACUAAUAGUUGGCAGAGUUUAAUCGAAGCUGCACCUGAAAGUCAAAUGAUGCCUGCCAAUGUUUUAAAUGGCAACGUCGUAAUAGAAACAAAAUUUUUCGAUGAUGACCUAUUAGUCUCCACCAGCAGAGUUCGUCUUUUCUAUGUCUAAGAAGUUUGUUCCAACUUCAUGAUAUUACAGUGUUGAUCCAACUUGCACAUAUGGGACGGAAUACCAGAAAUGAUAAUAAUCAUAUUAAACAAUUUAUUUUAUGCACCUUCUGUGAUAUGCACUGUGCUGAAUGUAUUUUCUCACAUUUUCUUAACUGGAAUAAGUACCACUAGUUUAAUUUUUUAUAAGCCUAAUGGAAUCACCAUGAAAAUGCUUGAACAUGAAAUAUAUACUUUCCAAGCACAAUGCAUUUUUAUUUAUUAAAUAGAUUUAGUAGAUUUUGUAAAUAUAUAUAUAUAUACAC